CAUCACAAUGAAAGAGGCCGGCAUGGUUGGCGUCAUGCCCUGCCUCCUCCUUCUCCUCUUCCUAAAGCCACACGCCAUCGCCGCCGCCGCCUACUCGGAGUACUCGUGCAAUGGCACCACCGGCAACUACACCGCGAGCGAUGCCUUCGGGGCUAACCUCGCGCGCCUCACCGCCGAGCUCCCCACCAACGCCUCCACCUCUCCAUCCCUCUACGCCUCGGCGGCCAUCGGCACCUCCUCGGAUAAAGUCUCCGCCCUCGCGCUCUGCCGGGGUGACAUCACGGACGCCAGCACGUGCUCCGGCUGCCUCGACAACGCGUUCCAGCAGCUACGGGCGCUCUGCGCCGGCGAGAGGGAUGCGACGUUCUACCACGACCUCUGCACCCUCCGCUACUCCGGCGAGGACUUCCUGGGGCGGCCGGAAGAUAACAAUCCGGUCAUAAACGCCAUGGACGUGAACGGGUCGACGUUUGCUGCAUGGGACAGCGGGAACGCAACGUCCCGGAGCUUCUUCCUGUCCCUGGUUGGCACUCUAUUCGGGGAGAUGGCGAUGUACGGCUCGUACAAUUCCACGGUGCGCCGGUUUGCCAGCGCCGUUAUGUACGUCAACCCGCAGCUGCCGACGGUGUACGGCCUGGCGCAGUGCACGCCGGACCUCUCCCCAGGGCAGUGCUGGCAGUGCUUCCAGGGCCUCCAGGAGCAGACGCGCCAGUGGUACGAUGGCCGUGAGGGCGGCCGCAUCGUCGGCGUCCGGUGCAAUAUUCGCUAUGAAAGCUACCAGUUCUGUGACGGCACGGCCGACGUCAGGAUCGGCUUACAGGGUGGCUCAUCUUCAUCAACAGAAAGCAAUGGAAGCAAGCACAGAAAGACCCUAAUCAUCAUUCUAUGCGUGUCCAUUACGGUGUUCUGUUCUAUGUUGGUUUGCUGCCUUCUACUCAUCAGAAGGCUAAGAAAAGGAGCUGGAAAGACAAAAUUAGAACAAGCACAUAAGAGGAACAACUCGACGACAGAGGAGGCACUGAAGCUCUGGAAGAUCGAAGAGAGCAGUUCAGAAUUCACGUUGUACGACUUCCCUGAGCUCGCUUCUGCCACGGACAAUUUCUCCGAAGAGAACAAGCUCGGACAAGGCGGCUUCGGUCCGGUCUACAAGGCAAGUGGAUGCGCCAUUUACCAUGUAAUGUGA